CUUCAGGAUAGAGAGGCACUAGGCAGUGGUUGGGUAUUAUAAGUUACGACGACGGGGGGCGAGUCGGGUUGAACAAAGACGAGUUGAACAAAGACGAAAGAAAAAGAGAGAGGUAUUGGAUGGAAACAAAUAGUAAUGAUCAAAGCAAGGGGGAAAAGGGAGGGAGAGUGUCAGCAUAUAAGCCAACGCAUGGCUCCUGUUGUCUCACGAGGGUGAGCGGCCGCCGACAGCAGUUGGGUGCCACAGAACGGCGACGUCAUGAAGACGAACGAAUUAGACUUGACAGAGCUGCCAAGCGUGCUUCUGCCGGCUUUUGGUCUUUGUCCACGCGAUGGACAUGGCUUGGCCUUGUCUAGAUACGAUGCUUAGACGGAUCCACCCCCGUCUAGCACAUGUUGGUGCCGGCUCUUGUUCAAUGAGAAGCAACGCGAAUCGAAUCCCCUUGCU